AUGGCCCCUGCCAGCCGGGCUGUUGUUGUGGUAGUGCUCUCACUGCUCUACCUGUGUCGGGCAAUCUUCUCCUCCGAGUAUUUCUCCACUCUGACUUUGUUCAACAAUGAGCUCCACAAGCAGGGAUGCAGCUCGCUGUCCGAGUGGGAAGAGUACGCGGCUGACUGCGAGUCCUCAAUUUUACAGUUGGAGGACCCAGACUGUGAGGAGGGAAGCAACCCGCCCUGCGAGUCAGUCUUCUCACUUAACGCAGAGAAGAUCCUGAACCAGGCCAAGUUGUUUAUAGAGCAGAAAAAAAUCCCUUUCCCUGUAGAUAACCACAACACAAACGAAGAACUUGCUAUAGGCUACGUUCUGAUAGGCAACGGCCUUUAUGAUGAAGCCAUCAAGCACUUCUCACUCUUAUUACAGGGCGACCCAGAGCUGGUCAGCGCCAUCUAUGGGAGAGGGAUAGCUUAUGGAAAGAAAAGUCUACAGGACAUAAAGAAUGCUGACUUGGCGUUGUAUGAGCUCAACAGAGUCAUCACCCUGGAGCCUAACUGGCCAGAGGUCUACGAGCAGAGAGCAGAGAUCCUGUCUCCUCUGGGUCGUAUCAGUGAAGCCCUGAGCGAUCUGACCAAAGCCAUCCAGCUGCAGCCCUCAGCCCGUCUCUACAGACACAGAGGAACACUGCUCUUCAUUUCAGAGGACUAUGUGGCAGCUAUGGAAGACUUCCAACAGUCUUUAGAGCUGAAGAAGAAUCAGCCUAUCGCCAUGCUGUAUAAAGGCCUCACCUUCUUCCACAGAGGCAUGCUCAAGGAAGCCAUUGAGACAUUUAAAGAAGCACUGAAGUUGAAAUCUGACUUUAUAGAUGCCUAUAAAAGCCUUGGACAGGCCUACAGAGAGCUGGGUGAUUUUGAGUCAGCGAUGGAGAGCUUCCAGAAAGCCCUCAUGUUGAAUCAGAACCACAUCCAGUCUCUUCAGCUGCGGGGCAUGAUGCUGUACCACCACGGCUCACUGCAGGAGGCCAUAGGCAACUUCAAGAGAUGUCUUCAGUUGGAGCCCUACAACGAGGUGUGCCAGUACAUGAAGGGGCUGAGUCACGUGGCGAUGGGCCAGUUUUAUGAGGGCAUCAAAGCUCAGACUAAAGUCAUGUUGAACGACCCGCUGCUGGGACAGAAGGCCAGCUCUGAAUACCUCAAAGUGAAAUACCUCAGAGAGUACUCUCGCUACCUGCACUCCCACCUCGACAUCCCAGUAGCAGAGUACAACGUGGAUCAGGACUUACCGGGGAACUUUAAGAACCACUGGGCCAAGAACCUGCCUUUUCUAAUAGAAGACUAUGAAGAACAGCCAGGCCUGCAGCCACAUAUUAAAGAUGUGCUGCCGCAGAACUUCGACAGCUACAGCAGUGAAGUCCAGAAGCUGAUCUGCACAGCCGACCACCUGGGGGCGCUAAUGCAAUACGACACUCCUGGUUUCUUACCAAAUAGGAGAAUACACAGAGCCAUGGGCUUAGCAACCCUGGAGGUGAUGCAGGCAAUGCAUCGAACGUGGAGCAACUCCAAAGUCAGAGUCAACGGCAAGACCAGGCAAAUGCAGUGGAGAGACAUGUUCGACAUAGCCGUUAAAUGGAGAAGGAUCGCGGAUCCAGACCAGCCAGUCCUGUGGUUAGACCAGAUGCCCGCCAGGAGUCUCAGUCGGGGCUUCAACAAUCACAUCAAUCUCAUCAGGGGACAGAUUAUCAACAUCAGAUACCUGGCCUACUUUGACAACAUCCUCGACUUCAUCAAAGACAGAAUACUGGUGUACCACGGGGCGUACAACCCCAGAGGACUCUUAGAGGUCCGACAGGCCCUUGAAAAUGUGAAUAAAGUAGAAGACCUGCUUCCUAUAAUGAAGCAGUUCAAUAGUAAAACCAGAGAUGGCUUCACGGUCAACUCCAAGGUGCCGAGCGUGAAGGAUCAUGGGAAAGAGUAUGACGGUUUUACCAUCACCAUCACUGGAGACAGGGUGGGCAACAUGUUAUUCUCAGUAGAGACGCAGACGACAGAAGAGCGGACGCAGCAGUACCAGUCAGAGAUAGAGUCCAUCUAUAAAGACCUCACCGCCAAAGGGAAGGCGUUAAUGCUGUCUACAGAACUAGGGGAUGCAGACGCUGUGUGUAAUCUGAUCCUCUCCUUGGUUUAUUACUUCUGCAACCUCAUGCCCCUCUCCAGAGGAUCCAGUGUGGUGGCCUACUCAGUCGUGAUGGGGGCACUGAUGGCCAGUGGCAAAGAGGUCAUUGGCAGGAUCCCGAAAGGAAAGCUGGUGGAUUUCGAGGCCAUGACCACACCCAGUCCAGACAGCUUCAGUAAAACAGCGAAGAACUGGAUGAAUCUCAAGAGUUUACCAGGUUGGUACCAGAGUCUUCCGUCUGUAGCAGAGACCUUCCCGUCCACCAGAACAAUGAUCGAGGUUCUCAACACAGACUCGUCUUCACACUGUCCAAAGAAGUCCUAACACAACUUCUACACAGGAGAGAAGCGUAUUUGAUAGUCUUAAUAAUGGAGCUCGUACACUGGACAGAACAAAGGGAAUGUCUUCUUCUGCAGCCCAAACUAAACUGAGCUCAGUUCUCCAAAAGCAUCUUAGCUUUCAUGGUAAUUGGUUAAAUUUUAAAUUCAUAGUGUUAUUGACACAUUUGGGAAGAAGAUUGGUCCUGGAUAGAACUGAGCUGAUAUUAAUACAAAUUCAAAACAUUUCAAAGAGACUUUUCCUCGAUGAAGGGUCGAGAAUUAUUUGAUCAGUUAAUCUUAUUUUGGUAUUGAAUCAUCCUCAAAGCCUGUUCUGCUCUCUGUCAUCCUCCCUCACACAUGACUCAUAGUUUGAGUUCUUACACCACUCAUACUGGUGGCUUAUGAAUACAUUAUGUCACAAAACCUGAAAUUAGACAUCACAACAAAAGACAAACAGAGCAGCCAUCAAUGGGACACCUGUGAAUUGUCGAGUUAGACUUUCAAACAAAUUUGAUCACUUUAGACUCGACAAAAUCAAAACGACUUGGAAUUUGACUUGGACUUUAACACCAAUGACUCAUGACUUCACUUGGAAUUGAGCUUUUUCACUUGAAAAUAGUUGAUACCUUCCUGCAAGCCCAAAGAAUAAAAAGUGCACCAUGAAAUAAAUUCAUUUUCCAUCAUUUCCUGAAUCAGUUAGGCCUAACAUAACAUAACCUAUUAAUCCCCAGCAAGUCAACACUUAAUUCCCCAAAUGAUCCGCUUUGCUUGAACCAAUCCCACUGCAUCCAGUCAGGUUGUAGGAGAAAACCAAUAAGAACUAACUUUACAUUUCUGACUGCCAGUUGGAAAAAAAAGAUUCCAAAGAAAAAUUCAUUUACGUACAAAAACUGUGCUGUCGUCGACAUAAUCUGAAAGUUAAAUUACAGUUGGAGGUGCAACAACUUCCAAUAAGUCUGUUUUAACAAUAAAUACAAAAUUUGGAAAGCAUUUAAUUUAAUAUGUCAUUACUCUUUUUGGAUUACAUUCGGUGAAAAGUGCAUUGUGACUUGUUUAGGUCUCCAAACUCAAGGUUUAAGACUUGGGACUUGAACCAGGACUUGCCAGUCUUGAUUUGGGACCCAACUCGGGACUUGAGACCUACUUGUGACUUGCGCAAGCAAUGACUUAGUCCCACCUCUGAUUGUUAGACUGCAAUAUUUGGCUCCUGGGAUCCAGUUCAACACUUGGUGUACCCGCAACUGGCAACAUCCAGGCCUACAUUUUUUAUUACCACUUCUUAAUUAUUUUAAAACAAUAUAUGACACAUUUGGUCAAAUUGUAUAAAUUUUUAAAGCUCAAUAUUGUAUCAAACGUUUGUUCAGGUACAAAACACACUGACAUUAUGGUGCUUGUGACAACACAUCUUUCAAUCAGUCCUAAUAUUUCCACACUCCAGCUGUUGGGGAGAACGGCAGAGAACAUUGGUGUCACAGUUUGGGAUGCAGAAGCGAUUCUGUCCACCCUCUCUUUUUCUCUGCUUUAUAGGCCAGCUGAAGCACACAGUGCCUCUCAUGAACCAUCAGCAUGAACAAUUUUAUGUUGCUUAGUCUGUCAUGGUUAAAUCUCAGCUUUAGAUUACCUUGAACUUUAAAUUGGAUGUUACGUUUAGUUUGUAAUUGGCACUUUAGAACUUAAUUUGAACCACUGAGCACACAUACACGCACUCAGAGUCCAGCCUAUCAGCAGAGAAGGAGUUCUGGGAUUUAAAAAGAAAAUUCUAAAUCCAAAACCUUCAGGGCUAUUGAAUUCCACUCGGGAUACUUGAAGCAGUCUCUUUUGUUUAGUUUUCUCGACACUUGCAGGAGUGUCACUUCUCUUAUCGGGUGUUGAACCCCGCUUUCUUUUAUCGUGACCAAUAACGGGUUGGUGUUAAGAUGGGUUGGCUGCUGAACUAGUGUGAGAGCAACAGUCAGAGAUUUUUAGAGAAUUGUCAGUGAGGUGCUGGUUGCUUUUUGUGACAGUAAGUCCUCAAAGAUUUGUCAGUUAAUCAUUAGUUGACCAUCAGAAAACAUAGAUUAUUUAUUUAAUGACUAAUCAAGCAAAAAUAUCAAACAUGCUGUUGUUCUGAGUUUUAUGUCAUUAUACUAAAUUAAAUAAAUUUGGGUUUUUGGCUGUUUUUAGGACAAUGACAACUCGAAGACAUCCUCUUGGACUGUGGGGCAUUUUCUUAUAUUUUUGGAAGUAGUUUGUUGCUUCAUAGUUUUCUUUACAUUUUCAGUUUGACACCACUGAGAAACAAGAAAAUAUCAGAUCAUCAGUGCAAAAUCAAUAUUCUUAUACGACGAUAUGAAACAGUUAUUUUGGGCUAAGAAUUAAAAAAAAAGGAUACAGUAAAUCCCCGAAGAAUUCAUUCAAGUCUAUAAAAACUGGAAAAGGAGCAAUGGCCAACAUUUUUUUCUUAUUCCUAAGGCUGAUCGAUUAAUCCCUCCAUUUUUCAAUUAAUAAUUUGUAAUAGAAAUGAUUAGUUGCAGCCCUAGCUUCAUGUCUACCUAGCUAUGUACUGUGGCAGAAAGACUUAACAAAUAAGGGUAAUAUGCUGCACUCAGUUGUAAACCAAUCAAAAUAUUUGUUAUAAACGUAAACUUUGGCAAGAAAACCCCCACGUUGCGUUCAUAAAAUGAAGUGGUUUUGAGCAAACACUGCUUCGUUUUUAGAUGCCUAAAGAAGGCCUGCCUAAAAAAUCAGUAUCAGUUAGAGUGGAUGCUCUAUUAAGAAUAUUUUAACUGCUCUACCUUGCUGUCAGACAGCCCUGUACAACAGGGAACUGAUGCCGUUAUCGCAAAGCCACCAGACUCCAUUGACAAAAACAGUAAUUUUACUGUUACUGAACACUGAAGUUGCUGGUCUGCCGCUGCCUUGAUCAGUCAGUGUGCAAGGUGAAGCAGAGAAAGUAUUCCAAAUAUAGCGUACACUUGAACUGAUUGACUUUUCUAGGUGGCUAAAAUAUGUUUUGCUUUGGCCCCCGUCCACACAGUACUUCAUAAAAUGAGCACCAAAGAAUCCAUUAAACAUUUAAACAUUACAGUUAAGGCUGAAAAUGACAACAGAAAUAAACAAGUUGGCUGAUUUAACAUAUCUCCACAACUCAAAUCAGUUGCCAAUUGUCUACCUAGAAGCGAUUGUCGUUAGCGCGACAUCACGAUGAGUCAGGCCGUAUCUCUCACAUUGAAAUAAAUAAAGAGUAAAUGCAGCCUGUUGUUUAUAGCAGUGGGAAGUUCUCCACAAGCAUCUUAGCUUUAAUGGUAGUGGUUUGCAUUUUAAAUUCAUAGUGGCACUUGACGAAUUAGGGAAGCAGGCGGUGACUCUUCCUCUUGGUCUUGAAGAGAACUGAGAACUUUCCUCUAUAAAGUGGUGAGAAUUAUUUGGUUUCAAAAAGCCACAAUUCAUCUUAUUUUGGUAUCAAAUUAUCUCUCAAACCCGGCUCUGUUCUCCGACAUCCUCCCUCACACGACUGUUAGAUUGAGUAAUUAACCCAGUUAUACAGGAAGCUCAUAAAUGUAUUGUUACGUCGCCCACGUCAUCACAAACCCUAUCUUAAUAGGUGCCCUAUAAUUAUGAUAAUUAUAAGAAGAUCUAACAUUUUGUCAUGUACUCAAUAGAUAUUUGUCUCCAAAUUUGGCCACAGAUAUAAAACCUGAAUGUUUUCUGACAUCUCUGACUGUUGGGUCUCGUAGAGGAGUAAUUAUAGUUAUGGGUAAAAGCACACCACAUACUGUUAUCGUCUUUGCUAUCAUUCCUUUAGCUUGCAUCGGAUGCCAGUUGGAUUUUCUUAUGAUCUCAUGGGUUAAAUUUGCUUGUAUGAGCCGUUCUUUGAGACACCUGAGAGCAAUAGUUUGAGAGAGAGAGCUCAUAUAUCUCCAAAUGUCUUAAUCAUCAGUUUUUUUCCCCUGGUCCAGACAUAUGUGACCAAGUUAACUUUGCAUAGCCUCAUCUCUGUCUUGUCAAGAUCACAGUUUAUCUGGGGAAAACCUGGUCCAGAAAAAAAGUGGAUGAAAAGGUUUCGGAAAUCUUCAUUGAGACAUUUAAUUGGCUUUAAAUUUUAAAAUCUCUUGUUUGGUUUUCUGUUGUGUCCAUUUAUUAAUUUAAAAGAAUGAGUCUGUUUCAUGGAAACUGAACACACACAGAUACAGAUCAUAAAACUGAAGCUGUUGGGGUGAUAUGUGAGGGGAAAUGAUUUACUCUGAAUGGAAGUGAUGUUUACAACCUUAAGAAACAAAAGAACUUCAGCGAUAUUGAGGCUAAACUAGCGUGUAUGCAGCUGCUGCCUAAUUUUUAAAGACUCACCAACGUUGGUUUAAGCACAAGGAGGAAACAAUUUCAGCAGAUAAAGGUAUUUAGUCUUAUGAACAAACUUUUUCUCUUUAAUUUCAAUGUCAAUUUGUAAUUGAAUGUCCAGUUUCUUUAUUUUGUCAUUUAAUAAGAUCCACAAAGUCAGAACAAAUCGAUCUUCUCAGCGGCAUAUCUAAUUUAUUUCCUGCCUUAGUCUGCUUUGUGUCACUUUUUAUUUUCCAUAUCAAUGAUUGUGCUGACUGGUCGUCAUUUUCUUUCUGUUGUUUUGCACUGGGUGACCCAGUCAUUAAGUGCUACGGUGGGCUCUUAAAGCCUGAAACUUGAAGGAGGGGAGGUUUUUUUUAUUGAAUGAGUGAAUGAAUGUUCAGCAGUCAAUAAAACUGGUUGACAAUUUUAA